UAUGUUGUAGAUUUCUUAGUUUCUUCCUUCAAUCAGUCAAGCUGAGAUCUUAAAACAUUUUCUUUUCAGAUUAGUAUUUUUCAGAAUACCUCAUCUGGGGUGGUUUUGGUGGGGGGCUUAUGGAGAUUACAGUGAUACUGAAUAUUCCACUCUCAAAGUCACUUCAUGGUGCUUCUUCUAUUAGCUGUCAGUAAGAAAAAACUUUUUCUAUACACUUAUAAGGGCUUACUGUUUUUAUUAUUUUCCUGUUAAUUUGAAACAUGACAAGUAAUAGCAAUCAGCAAAUAGCUUUCCUCAUUAUUCUACAUGAAUUCUAUAAUUCCAAGGCUAUUAUUUCAUCAUGACAGAGUGAUUAAUCUUGAUUGCCUAGAGGUCUUAACCCUUUCUGUGGUAUUCCCCAAAGUUGCUGGUGAAAUACAUAAAGCUUACUAUUUAUACUUCAGUUACUACAUUGUUUCUCUUUUGUUAUUACUAGCUCUGGUGUUCUAACCUAGUUUUUCUGUCUCAAUGCUUUCUAGCAUUAAGAGACAUUCAGAAAAUCAAUUUAAGAAACACAAAAGACAAAAUAAUCAAGGCAUGGAUUUUUAGGGUGAAAACAAGGUGAGGUCAUUUAGUCAAAACCUCUCCUGUCUGAAAAGAACAAGGCUCCAAAGAUUUUAUGAUCAGUUAGCCAAGUCAUAUGAUUGAUUUACACAUGCCAUAGUAGAAGAUGUAGAACAAUGUAAUUUCAGAUCCAUAAGGAGGUACAGUACUGCAAGGGGGGUGCAAUUAUCAGCCAGGUUUUAAUUUUAAUUUAAGUAAGAUGAUCUAAACACCAGUGAUAAAUGCAGGAAUAAGUGGGAAGGAAAGGGAUAGAAAAAACGUUUAGGAGUGAGGAAGCAACUUUCAUAAGUUAUCUGAUAGAAGAAAAGUUUCCUUGAUAUAGAGAGAACUAGGUAGUAGGUAUGGAUUAGAAAAAAUUCACAAGCCCAUAUUUUUGGUAAGUUUAAGAACUUGGUUUUAGGAAAUGCUAAUAUGGCAUUUUGAAUUGCAUGAAAUUGAUUAUGAAUUGCAAAUGAAUUAUUGAAUACUUUACUGAAAAUCUCUUAACACUCUUCCCUAGGUUUACUUUAUACUUUGUCAUCUAGAGACAGUGUUUAUUUCUCAGAGGAAAUAUCUGUAACAUACCGAUAUUUUUUAGUCAUAGAGAAUUUUAAGUUACCAAAGCUUUUAUUCAAAACAGGUGGAUGAAAGUUGAUGCCUCUAAGAAUUAAGGCAUGCAAAGAAGAAAGCUAUCACUUCUGAGCUUGGGAAGGUGGUCACCAACAAUAAGGAAAGAAUCUAACUUACUUAAUAUCUUCUAAGCAAAUCAUAUAUAUAUGUCUUGUAUUGUUUUGUAGAAGUUUGCUAGUAACGGUAUCACCAAAAGUUAGAGACAGAAUCAUCUGGAGGAAAUGCCAACAGUAUGGCUCCAGAUAUGAAUCUAAAAAUCUCUGUAGCAGAUGGUCUUGCUUUAGGGGCUAUCCAGAUUAUGCUUGGCCUUUUUCAUGUUAUGAUGUGGUAUCUCCUAUUGGUUUUAUACAUGGGACAAGCUAAAGGAGUCUUUGGGGCAUAUGAACCUAUAACUUACAAAGCAGGAUGUGCUUUAUGGGGAGCUUUUUUUAUCCUUUCAGGAAUCUUCAUAAUAAAAGUAGCAAGGUAUCCAAGUCAAAAUUCGAUUUCAAAUGCUUUGAUCCUGUGCGUUAUUUGCAUGGUUGCUUCAGUUGUUGCAUUAUGUCUAACAAUAAUUGAAUUAUCUCACUUUAGAUCUCUGUCAUAUAGGAAUUAUGGGCAAGCGAAAGUUGGUAGGGAAAUUUCACGUAUUUUAAUGCUCUCCUACCCAUUGGAAUUUUCUAUUGUAUUAAUAUACUCGAUCCUGAUCUACAUGGGUUUGAGUCCACGUAAUGAAGAUGCUCUAACACCUGCAGAAGAAGCUGAGAGCACUUUUUGAAAACUUGAAAUGUAAAGAGCACAUUUCACAGUCUGAGCUUUUUAUACCUGAACUAGCUUCUACUGAGAAAAGAGUGAAUCAAAAAGGCCUCCGAUUCAUAUUCCCUUCAGUGUUCAUCUUUGGCCUCUCCUUGCCUCAUUAAAGUU